GAGAGAGAGAGAGAUAGGAAGGACUAUGUGAGAGGAAGAAAAUUUGAAGGGGGAAAUAAUCACACAGACUCUCGAGACGAAGCAAAGUAAGUUCAGAGUACCAUGACGACAAUCAGAAGAGCAACCGGGAGCCGAGAACAUGAACAACAGUGGAGGAACUUAUGUGAAAAGGAAAUUAAGCGGCAAAGACUGGCACUCUAGCUACAUGCAGUGAUCCAUCAUGGACGACUCUUCAUCCAUCCAGUCCUUCCCCGACCUCAACCAGCAUCGCCACCACCCAUCCUUUCACCUCACGCUGCCCGGCCAUCAAAGCCCCGAAGUGGGAUACCCGUCCUCUCAGCCUGCCCUGGACCCUCUGGCGCAGUAUGGAAGGGGAGGGGAAGAAUCCUCUAAUAUUUUACUGGCUUCAAACACCUCCUCAGGGGGAAGGAGAGGGAGCAGUGGUGGAGACAGAGGCUUCCUCAACACAAGUAGUAGCUGCUUGGAUGGAGAUGCUAACUUGGGAGGCGGAGAAAGCGGGUUAGGCGGACAUUUUUCGGACACUUGGUAUGACGUGAAAAAAGAGGAAGUUUGGGAGAACAGGGAGAGUUGUGAACACGCUGCAGAUAAUUUGUAUCAAACAGCGGAUUGUUACAGUAAUGAUGUUUUUUACACCAGCGAGGAAGGAGCGGGACGUAAACUCAGAGCAAACUGUUAUAAUCAUGUUAGAUGUGAAGCUAAAGGCGAAGCAGUUUACAACAGAGAAGCUAACGUUAGCCACUUCACAAAACAAACUACUUCCUACAACAGAACUGCAGCGGGGAGCUUCAGUGACAGCAGCGUUGACUGUUCAAGAGUUGGUGAUCAUUAUCUAGGAAGAGAGGAGGAUUAUGGGUCCAGUUGUGGCUCAGGGGAGGAUCAGCUUCAGGGGGCAGAGGGUGAGGGACCCUGGGUGAGUGUCUCUCCGUCGAGUCAGCCCGGGGAAGGCAGGUGGAGCGGAGCAGCAGACCAACACACUUUGAACUCAGGAUGCCUGACGCAGUACACUCAGAAACUGGACUCUUUCUCCGAGGCCUUCCUCUCCCAGCGCAAGAGAAUAUUUCCCAUGAUCCCCUGUGGAGAUUCCUUUUGGGAAUAUGGGGUAGGGAGAGGAGAAAGCCGCGGAUAUAAGCCGAGGCACAGCUGUGCUUUUGACUCCUACCUGCCGCCCUGCACCUCUUCCUCACCCGCCCACCCCUCCUUCCCCUCUCCUCCCACAUCAUCUCACAUCAUGUCUUCAGUUCUCAGUCCCCCUCCCACGCCUCUGCCUCCUCCUUCCCACUCACCCUCCAAAAUGGACUCCCCCGGUGGGUUAGGUGUGUCCGGACAUUCGGUGUCUCAGGGGGGGGAUUCACUACAGUUUUUCCCUUCGCACCUUCAGUCUUUCCCCUCUAUCCACUCCUCUGGGAUGAUAUGGAAGUUUCCAGUGAUGUCACACACUUUUACACAUACGUCAGGCGACCCCGGCAUCACCGAGGGCAACCUGAGACCUUCUCAUGGCAGUGACUAUGGCAACAUCCUAGCCUCCCACAUUCAGUCUCCAGAAUCACCGUUCCUCUCCUCCACCUCCCAUCCUUCAUCCAUUCAUCCAUUCAGCGCUCCAGCCCUCUAUUCCGCCUUCCACCUUCCCUCUCUUCCACCUCACCUCACAGACCAACGUUAUGAGGCAGAAGAAAAGAAAGCCCCUUACAUUGUGACCCAGAAAGUGAAGCGAGAAGAAGCCAAUCUUAAACACGCACAGCUACAGCAACAAGUCUCUCCAAUCCACACUGGUACUCCAUUUCCCAGCGUCCUUCACUUCAGCAGAGGUCAGAGUAGAGGCCGGUACACUCCUCAACCGCUCCUCAAUCCAGUGCGUAGAGGAACGGGUCUCUACUCCUCCAUCUCAUCUCUCAAUCACAGAGAGGAGGAAACAGCAUGUCCAGAUGAGGGAGAUGAAAGUGUGUCACUGUAUGUCAAUGUGGGUCAUGAUUUCCAGGCAGAGCUUCCUAUAUGCUUUGUGGAUGGGGAAGGGUCAAGGGUGUUGUGUCCAGAAGAGGAAUCGCCUAGGGAACAGUUGCUCUGGAAACCAUGGGAUAUGCUGGAGGAGAAUACAAAUGUACAAGACCAAGUGGAGAAGCUGUUGUCCAUGUGCAGUUCCAGCUGUGUGCCAGGAGGGGGCAGUAACACAGAGCUGGCCCUGCACUGUCUGCACUUCUGUCAGGGGAACAUAAUGGCUGCUCUGGAGAUGCUGCUGUUCUCACAGCCCUCGCCUGCAGGAGACUACCACUACUCUGGUAGUGAUUGUUGGACAGACAGCGAAAAGAGUCUCUUCGGUGCAACUCUGCGGACUUAUGGGAACGAUUUUUCACUCAUAAGGAAAAUGGUGAGGACUAAAACCCUGAGCCAGUGUGUUGAAUUGUACUACCUGAGCAAGAAGCUCCAGGACAAGCAGAAGAAGCAGAGAGAGGAGGAGAUCCGAGAAGCAGUGAUGGAGCAGCAGAAAAGUAUAACCCCCGUCCGUCCACCAAUGGUAGCACAGUUUGGACCAGAGCAGGCGGUUCCUGCCCCCCCACUGACCAGCUUCUUCCCAUGCAAGCUGUGUGGCAAAAUGUUCUACAAAAUAAAGUCCCGUAACGCUCACAUGAAGAUCCACCGGCAGCCUCAGGAGGAUUGGAGCGACCGGCGGCUGCAGCAACAGCUCUUCACCCAGCGUCUGGCUCUCAGCCGCCCCACAAACCUCAUCUCCACCCUGGGCGGUAAUCUGCUCCCCCCCCAGGCUGCAGCGCUGACCUUUUCCUCCUCUGGAAGCAGCAAUACAGACACUGUCCCCAACUCUGUAACCAACAGCAUCACUCCUAGCAACGGCAGCGUACUUGAUCCAGGCGCCGUGGUGACAUACAGAAACAUCGCCGCUUCAAACUCUCAGGUCGAAACAAAUACAGACUCUAAUCAAAGAGAGCCGUCCACCCUCUUACCUUUCCACCAAUUAUGGGGCUCUUUUGACCCCGACCCCACUGUCUUCUAUUGCAACACAGAAGAGAAAGAUGGAGGUGGGAUGGUGGGGGGGAAAGAGACAGUCAACUGGCAUUAAAAGCAUGACUGACACUUAGCAUUACUGUUUUUAAUGCAAACUCAAUUUUAUAUCAAACUUUUUGUCCAGGGAUAAGUCCUAAACCCCGAACACUUCCUGUUCCCUCGGCUUUUGGUUAGAUGCUGAAAUAAGAUCUGUGGUUAACACAAGCUGAAGAGAUGUUUUUACAUUUUGUUCUAGGAACAAAAACACGUCAGUAAACACCUCACUGAUAAAUGUCUGAAGCAUUAAUGUGCCUUAAAAACGGCUGUUGCUAACAAGUGUCUGAAUGAGACUGCUAAAUGUCAUCAUGCCAAACAUUGCGGUGUUGGCGGAGUCCAUAGGGACUUGGCUUGGCAACUGGAAGGUCAACAGUUCAAGUCCCGGAAAGACCAAGUGCUACCGAGGUGUCCCUGAGCAAGGCACCGUUCCCUACACUGCUCCCCGGGCGCCGUACAUAAUGGCAGCCCACUGCUCUAGGAUGGGUCAAAUGCAGAGAAACCGUUUCGUUACAUAGUACCUGUACUACGUAAUGACAAUAAGUUGAAUCUUCUUCAAUCUGUCGCCUUUAGUUUAGCGGUGGUGACCUGGAGUCAUGUGACUCUGCUGUAGUUCCGUUAUAGCCUAGAGUUAGCCUUUGUCUUCAAUAAUCAUUAAUGGAGUUUGCCACAGAGAAUAUUUUCUUCAAUAUUCCAAAAGCCAUUGGAAGAAUGCCUUUGACUUUUUGUUGAGGGAACCCUUGUGAUGCUAACUUCCAGUUUGCUUACGAAAAUAUGCCAUCUCUCACCCCUCUGCCAGGGACGUUAUGUUUUCAGACUGGUUUGUUUGUCAGCAGAGAAACACAAAUGGGACUAAUUUCAUUACAAAUGGUAAAAGGGUUAAGCUUGGGCCAAAGGAGAACCCAUUAGAAUUUGGAAUCGGAUCAAGAGUCGGAUAGACACAUUACUUUUGUUAACACAGCAAAGUAAAGCAUUUGGCCAUCAGGAUGUUCUGUGCUCUCCAAAUGACCUUCUAUUUUCUGUAUUUUUUUGUUGUAAAUGGUGAAUCUAAAAUGGUAACAUAUUUAGAUGUUUAUUCAGCAUUUGAAUAAUAUUUGUAGCCUUGUGGUAUUUUUUGAUUGAACAAACAAUAUUAAACUUGUUCUAUUGUACAUUUUAAA